CUUCAUCUAUGGUUUAGAGUUGGCACUGUUAAAAAUCAUCUUGAACACCGGUUAGACACAGCAUGGUGGUCUUCAUAUGAGUAUACAAGUUAUUUAAGUAACAAUCCGCUGGCAUACUAGCACUGUUUAUGACUGGUUCAAAGUGUUGGAUUGGCGGAAGUUGACAACAUGACUGCCAACGAAGACCAGGAGAUGGAGUUGGAGGCUCUUCAGUCAAUUUAUGAAGGAGAUGACUGCUUUAAAGAGCUGACCCCGGUUUCCUUUCAGUUCAGGAUAGGAGAUCUUGAUGACUCCAAUUCAUUUCUGCUAGAAGUCUUAUGGCCAGAGACAUAUCCUGAAACAGCACCACAGAUAUCAUUAGAUGGCUUUUUCAACAACAGAUUGACUCCAGACACAAAGCAGUACAUUCUUUCCAAGCUGGGUGAGCAGGUGGAGGCCAACCUGGGCACUGCCAUGAUGUACACACUCUUUGAGUGGGCCAAAGAGAACAAGGAAAUGCUUAUGGAAAACCACCAGCCUGUUACAUCUGCUGUGACCCUGAUAUCCAACAGUGAGGUCAUCAAUAAUGCUACCUCUGUCAGUAAGAAAAAAGAGAAGAAAGAGCAACUAAGCAAAGCACAGAAGAGGAAACUGAUUGGAAGAACAGAUAACAAAGGAGAGCUACCAAGAGGAUGGAACUGGGUAGAUGUAAUUAAGUUGAGCAAAACAGGAGGAAAAGAGGAGAAUUAAAUAGACGCCUGGAUUGAAGCCAGAUGAAUGCUAGAAGGAAAUGUGUCUCUGUGCACUUGUUUUUAAAGAAAACUGAAAUGAACUUUCUCCGACCAUGAUUUUAAUUCAUCAGAAGCUGCAGUUCUUCUGUUUGUGCCACAGAGCUAUAUCAACACUGAGUGCAAAGUUGAGCACCGACUGUGCUUGUUUUCAGAGCCAGUGAAGUGGUUGUUGUUAUAUGGUAAAUUAGCUAAACACCAGAAAAACAAGUCAUAGAAAUAACAUGUUGCCUCCAAGCAGAGCAGUUGGGUGUUUCUUCACAAAGCACACCAAUGUGAUAUCAAUUCCAGUAAAAUAAAUUGGAUUUGAUUUUUACGAUUUACAUCAGAUGCAAGCAAAUGUUGCAUCAAUGCCCAAUGUUUCACCAACUAAAUAAAUUUAAUGGAGGUUCAAUGCCUUUUUUGUAAAAAAAAAAUGCAGUGGUUCAAUGUACAGUCUUUUGUGGAUAGUGGCACUCUUGUUUAAUUUCAUAACAUUGAGCACCAGAGGUGUGUCAACAUAGUGUUGUUAGUUAUAUUGUUGUCGCAAGUUAUUUGCCUUAUAAAGCCACAGAUAUACACAAUAUUUGAAUGUUAUCUGACACCUGGUCCAAAAAAAGUAUUUUUAUAUAAACAUAUUUUAGACUACUGUUUAUAGAUAAUAAUUCAUAUGAAGUAAGGUCCUAAAGUUUAAAACCAUAUAACAAUACCAAUUUUGUGCAUUGUUCUAUUUUAACAAACCUUUUGUUGCAUAUAAUAUUAUCAGCAUAACUAGCUUUAUAGUUUAUGUUUGGAAUGUGUGUUUUUUUAUUUAUAAAAGUAUUUGUUCAUAUAGGGUUUGGUCUUUAAAGGGAUAGUUCACCCAAAAAUGAAAAUUCAAAUUCAUUUACUCUCCCUCAAGUUGUUCCAAACCUGUAUACAUUUAUUUUCAAAGAAAGAUAUUUGGAAGAAUGUUAGCAACUGACAAACAUUUUUGUUAAAUUUCGUUUAAUAUUUGUUCUGUUGGACACAAAAUAAGAUAUUUUGACUACCAUUUUUAUUUUUUUCUAUUAUGAAUUUCUAUAUAUAUAAUGGUGUCCCAGACCUGUCAGUUGUUAACAUUUUUUCAAAUAUCUUUCUUUGUGUUCAGCAGAACAAAUACAUUGAAUACAGGUUUGGAACAACUUGGGGGUGAGUAAUUCAUGACAGAAUUUCCAUUUUUGGGUGGAUUAUCCCUUAUCUUCAUUUAUUAAAAGUCUUAAAUUGUUUCUUUAAAAAUAUGGCAAAACAGCAAAUGUGCAUGAAAAUACAUCUCAUAUCAGACUUCGUAUUAUACAAACAAUGUUUAUCAAACCAAAAUAAAAAAAAUAAA